CAUCCGUAUCAGAAUGGAAAUCAGGACUAUACUCUUAUUGAAGAUCAGCAUGAAGUCAAAUUGAGAGUGCAUAAUGCUACCAAAGACCACGAGGGCCUCUACACCUGUAUUUGUACCUGGGCAUACAAUAAUAAGGUGUACAGUACGUCAGGUUCCAGGGAACUUAUACUUCUAGAAAAAGCUGUGCACUACCUAGAAAUUUUGACCCCAGCUGAUGAGUCGCAGGAGCAGUUUGCUGAUGAAGGCUCUGAGAUUAAGCUGAAUUGCUCAGUUUUGUGUGGGACUAAUGUGAAACAUGACUGUAAUGCCAGCUGGUACAUCAAUGGAAUUCCUUUCAAAAACAGGGAUGGUUAUAGUCAAACUACCAAAAUAGCAACUGAGGAACCUUCAAAGAAUACCAUUGCCACUGCAAUCCUCACCAUUAAAAAAGUGUCUGCUAAGGAUUUUCAACAGAAGUUUAAGUGUUUUGGCGAGAGCUAUUACGGAACAAAGAAUGCCAAAUUAACUCUUAAGAGGAAAGAAUCCAUAAUUCCACUUGCCAUUGGAGGAGUAUGCAUGUUAUUCGUUGGUGUUUUUGUCGCUGUUUUGGUCAAAUACUUUGCCAUUGACUUAGCCCUAUUCUUCAGACCCUACUUCCCACUAAGCAGUAGCAAUAAAGACACAAGUUUAUAUGACGCCUAUGUGGUCUACCAGACACCAAUGGACAAGAUCACUGAGGACACACUCUCUCAGUUUAUCACGCAGACUUUGCCCUCUGUCCUCGAGGAUAAGUGCGGAUAUCGGCUCUUUAUCCACGGGAGGGAUGACAUACCAGGGGAAGAUCGUCUGGAGUUGGUGGAGAAAUGCAUGAAUCAGAGCAGGAGGCUCAUGGUCAUUCUCACACCAGAUCUGGGAUCAGGCUCCAUGACGACAGAGCGAUGGCCUGCCUCACCCCAAACCUCAGUGAUGGGAGGGUUUGACUGGCAGGUGGGGCUCCACCAUGCAUUGGUCCAGAGGGAACUGAGUGUGAUUUUGAUCCAGCUGGGAGACACGGGGCCACAGCAAUACACACACCUCCCCCCGGCCUUGCAGCACCUGAUUCGUAAGAGUGCCCCUUUGAAGUGGCCAGAGGGCUCUGGAGGCGCUGCAGCAUGGAACUCUCGCUUCUGGAAGAGAGUGAGAUACCUGAUGCCUGCCACACCUGUCAAAAAAUGUGCACAGUCUACUAUUAUCUAAUACAUCUUUCAACACGUUUUGUUUAAUGUUUUGUACAUA